AUGCAGCCGGGGCAAGGCGGAGCACGCUGCAUUUGUGUCAGGCAGUCCCCUAGGUGCUUCCUGUGCUCUGCCUGUGCGCGUUCUGCCCCACUGCCUUUCUGCGAGGGGGAGGGCGGAUGGAUGGACACCUCCUGUGGCCCAGCCUCUGCCCCUCAUCCCACACACCAAAAAGGGGAAGUUGCUGAGAGAAGGAAGUCUGCCCCAUGCAGUUGCUUCAGCUGCAGCAGUCACAUUUUCGCCGCUGCUGGUAGCCCGAGUCCCCAGUCCUUGCGCUGGCCCAUGGAGAGACCGGUGAAGGAUGGGAUCCUCUAUGUGCAGCACUGCAAAUUUGGAAAGAGGUCCUGGAGGAAGAUGCGAGCCCAGCUCUUUGCUGCCAGCCCCUCCGGUGUGGCCCGCAUGGAGAAGUUUGACGUGCGGGAUGACGGCACGGCGCUGGAGAAGACCUCCCUGCGGCGGUGCACCCGCCGGGUGAUCCGCCUCUCGGACUGCGUCUCCGUGGGCCCGGCGGGUACCGAGAGCUGCCCCAAAGCCACUGCCGCCUUCUACCUCAACACCACAGAGAAGAGCUACGUGCUGGCAGCUGAGCAGCGGGAUGAGUGGAUCACCCAGCUCUGCCAGCUGGCCUUCCAGGGUGCAAAAGAAACAGCGCAGAGCAGUGUGAGGAGCCAGCCCAGCCCUGCUGUCCCCAUGGAGGAGAACUGCCUCUAUUCCUCCUGGCAGGACCUGACCGAAUUCCCGGUGCUGGUGGUCCAGACGGAUGCGGCCACCCGCUGUGGCCUGCAUGGGCACUACCUGCUCUCAGCCCUUCCCCAGAGCCUGACGCUGAAGGACCCACAGUCCCGCCAGCCCCUGCUCACCUGGCCCUACCCCUUUCUCCGCAAGUUUGGCCAGGAUCAGGCUGUCUUCUCCUUCGAAGCUGGCCGUCGCAGCGACUCUGGCGAGGGCACCUUCACCUUCAGCACCCCACGGGCCCCGGAGCUCUGCCGAGCCGUGGCUGCCGCCAUUGCCUGCCAGCAGCAGGGCAAGGACAUCCCGGACCUCCGCCUCUUCUGUGCCCUGGACCCCCAGCUCUCUGCACAGGGCCUCGAGCCCCAACCCUGGGGCCCUGGGGCUGAGGAACCCCAGCCCAGCCCACCCCUGGGGGGGUCACAGCCUGCCUCCCACCCUCCCACCAACCUCCUCCGCUUCCCCCCACCGGAGUCAGAGGCCACAGGCCCCAUCGUCUACGCCUCCAUCGCCCGGGGCCAGCAGCCGCUCUUCAUGCCGGGGCGACCGGGCCCCACUGAGUCCUGGGCCACGGGGAAGCCACCCCCUGAGCAUCUCUAUGAGAACAUCUUCGCCGCAGAGCCGGGUCCAGCUGGGGCAGAGGAGGAGGAGGAGGAGGAAGAAGGGCGGUGGGAGCUAGGGUGCCGCCAGGCCCCCGAGGGCCACAGCAGCGAGGCAGGCCCGCUCUAUGACAACCGUGCUGCCCUAGCCCAGCUCCCGCGGGGUAGCCCCCAGCCCCCUGAGCAGGGCUGGGGCCGUGAGGGGCAGGAGGCGAUGCCGGGGCGUUCCGGGCACAAGCCCCAGAGCAACCUCCGGGCCAAGCUGGUGCGGCUGCUCAGCCGGGAGACCCCCGGCCCGCGGGACUGGGCCUGAACCCGGGCCGGAUGCGGUUCGGUGUUGCGGUGUGGUGAAUAAACAGCCUGGGCCGGA